AUAUAAGACCACACCCAUUUUCUCCGUCAUCUCUGAUCUCUCACUUUCGAUUUUCUAUCGCUGUGUGGUUCGUUCUCCUAUAACCUCCUCGAACCCCUAUAAGACCUAGAGCAAAGGCGAGAGAGGUGACGGACGAGGGAGGAUCAAUGUCGACGCCGUCGCCGGCCAGCUUAGGGUACGGGGCUGAGGAGGAGGAGGAGGAGGAGAGGGGUAAGGGGGCUGAGGCUGAGGAGGAGAGGGGUGAGGCCACGAAGACGGUGAAGGCCGAGGCGGGCGAGGACGGUGGUAGUGAUGCCCUCAUCAACGUCAAGGUGCAGAGUCAGACCGCGGACGACGUCUUCUUCCGCGUCAAGCGCGACUUGAAGCUGCGGCGGCUCAUGGACAUGUACUGCGGCAAGCACUCGCUCCACCCCAAGGCCGUCCUGUUCCUGGACCCUGUCGGCCGCACCAUCCGGCCCAACCAGACGCCCAACGAGGUCGGCCUCGACGACGGCGACGCGAUCCAUAUCAUGCUCACGCAGGUAGGCGGCGGUGCCCGCGCGAGGCAUACUUCUGCGUGAGAGCCGACUAGCCGAGGCUUUUUCGGGUUUGAUCCGGCACUAGUUUCUUCAGUUAGUUGCGCAUGCAUGUUUGUGUGAUGUUCUUCUCUUAUGAUUAUGAUGACUUUUUUGGAAUCCUAUGCGGUGUUGAUUGCUCAACUGUGAAUUGUCAUCGUGCGGAAAAUUUAUUGAUGAAUU